GCUUGGUCACCAUCACGGCGUCACUCGCGUGCGCCGGAUGUUCUUCUACAACGUGUUGAAGGAAGACUCACGUGUGGACAUUUUAUUUUACACCGUGCGUCCAGAAGCUGGAUCGGAAAGCAGCAGAUUAAUCGGCUCUUGGUGUAGCUCGGAGUCAUGGGUCGGAAGUUGGAUCCCACCAACAAGGUGAAGAGGGGGCCAGGGAAAAAGGCCAGGAAGCAGCAAGGAGCAGAGACUGAGUUGGCCAAGUUUAUAAAUGAUGAGGACACAGAAACAAAACGCCUGUCAAGUAGAGGCAGGAAAAGAGCGGCAAAAAGAGUCCAGAAUGUGAAAAAACCUAAAGAUGCUGCUCAGGAACAGCCCAAGAAAGGAUUCUCUGAUGAGAACAGUAAAUGGUUGAAACCAGCAAAGAGGAAGCGUAAAAUCAAUGAACCUGAAAGUGAGGAUGACAGUGAUGAGCAUUGGGAGGAAGAGGAAGAUGAGGAGGAGGAGGAACAGCAACAACAACAACAACAGCAGCAGCAGCAGCAGAAGAAGAAGGGAGGAAAAGACCAAGGAAAGAAGGGUGCCAAAUUAGAAGUGAAAGAAGUAGAGGAGGAGGAGGAGGAGGAUGAAGAAGAGGAGGAGGACGAAGAUGACGAUGACGACGAUGAUGAUGAUGAAAUGGUUGACGACUACGGUGCAGCAGAAGAAGAAGAAGAAGCAGCAGCAGAAGAAGAAGAAAGUGAUGGAGAGGAACUUCUUCCCAUCGAACGUGCAGCCAAGAAAGAGAAAAAGCUGAAGGAAACCAUGGGUUUAGAGAGUGAUGAUGAUGACGAUGAUGAGGAAGACGACGACGAUGAUGAUGAAGAUGAUGAUGAGGGGAAAAAAUCAGAUGCUGAAAUGGAUGAGGAAGACACCGUACAAACCAACAUAGAUGAAAUGGAUCAAUUUAGGCUACCAGGGGCAGAGGAAAGAGAGAAAGAAGGUGCCCUGCCUCUCGACCUCAAGACAAUCCAUCAAAGGAUAAAGGACAACAUUGACGUCCUCUGUAAUUUCUCAACGAAAAGGGAGGCAGGGAAAGAGAGAGCAGAGUACAUUUCUCUUCUGAAGAAGGAUCUCUGCACCUACUACAGCUACAACAACUUCCUCAUUGAGAAAUUAAUGGACAUCUUCCCUCUUUCAGAGCUGGUUGAUUUCCUUGAGGCCAAUGAAAUUCAGAGACCUGUCACUAUACGGACCAACACACUGAAAACUAGGAGGCGGGACCUGGCACAGGCGUUGAUCAACAGAGGAGUGAACCUUGACCCACUGGGGAAAUGGUCUAAAGUUGGUUUGGUUAUUUAUGACUCCUCCGUACCUGUAGGUGCAACACCAGAGUAUCUGUCUGGUCAGUACAUGCUGCAAGGAGCCUCUAGUUUCCUGCCAGUCAUGGCACUCUCUCCACAGGAAGGAGAGUUGGUGUUGGACAUGAGCUCAGCUCCAGGAGGCAAGACUACUUAUAUUGCUCAGCUGAUGAGAAACACAGGGGUGAUCGUGGCUAAUGACGCCAACGCUGAAAGACUGAAGAGUGUGGUUGGCAACAUCCACCGUCUGGGCGUCACCAACACUGUCGUCUGCAACUACGAUGGAAGGCAGUUCCCAAAGGUAAUGGGUGGAUUUGAUAGAGUGCUGCUUGAUGCUCCGUGCUCAGGCACAGGAGUCAUCGCUAAAGAUCCAGCUGUGAAGACCAGUAAGGACGAUGCAGACAUCCAUCGCUCUGCUCACUUGCAGAAAGAACUGAUUCUUUCGGCCAUCGACUCUGUCAACGCUGAGUCCCCUACGGGAGGAUAUCUGAUCUACUGCACAUGUUCAAUAAUGGUGGAGGAGAAUGAAUGGGUGGUGGACUAUGCUUUAAAGAAAAGGAAUGUCAAGUUGGUUCCCGCAGGACUUGACUUUGGAAAGGAAGGCUUCACCAGGUUUAAAGAACGUAGAUUCCAUCCUUCUCUGCGAUUGACUCGGAGGUUUUACCCUCAUUCCCACAACAUGGAUGGGUUUUUUGUGGCCAAGCUGAAGAAAUUCUCCAAUGUGAUUCCAACGACACCAGCAGGAAAAGAAGAAGAAGAAAACACAGAUGCUGCAGAUGCCACAGUUGUUCCAGACUCUGUUGAAGAGAAACUAUCCAAAAGUGACAAGACAAAGAAGACUGUUCCCGGCAAAGCAGACAGCUUAAAGGAGAAGACCCAAGCCAACGGAACAGCAGCCAAGAAAACGGCAAACAUCAAGUCAAAAGGCAAAAAGGACUCACCAGCUGGACCAAAAAAGGCAAAGAUUGCCAAGAUGGAUGGAGAGACUGUGAAAGGGGCAAAGGUCAAGAAGCCUGCAGUGAAGACAGCUGAUGAAACUAAAGCAUCAAAGGCUGACAGUAAGGAAGGGAGCAGGUUUGAGAAAAAACAGGGCAAAAAGACAAAAUCACCCAUGAAGGCAAAGAACAGAAUCGGGAAGAAUAAAUUCAAAAAGUUGAAGCGUAUGCUGGAAAAGCAAGUGGAGUGAUGGGUGAUGUACAGUGUGGCAAAGUGUACUUGAUUAUUGUAAGAGCUUUGUAGAGCUUUCUUAUGGACCCGGCUCCCUUCAGUAUUCAGAUUGGUGUGCUCUCGUUUCAGAGCAGCGAUACUGUAUGUGUCAGUCAGAUAUGAUUGUAAUACUACAACUGGACUGGUCAACGAUGCUUUCACUUGGGUCCUUCUUUUUUUAUUUGUAUUACAGAUAAUUCAUUAUGUUUGUCUGUUGAUUUAUUUGCAGAGUGGAAUGACUUCCAUAAGUCUGUGAAACAUAAUAAAUCUUUUAAGAUA